AUGCAAGAGAAUGAAGUUCCCGGGAGGAGGAGACGCGCCACUUUGAUCAAGAAAGCAAAAGAAUUAUCUAUUCUAUGUGAUGCAGAGGUCGCAGUCAUCGCUUUCACAAGUGAUGGAAAGCUUCACGAGUACUCUACCAAUAGUGUGGAGCACACACUUUCAAGAUACCAGAACUAUAAGAGCGGCCUCGUCCGCGCAACCAAGAUGGAAUCUGAUGCGCCAGAGGAGUGCCGCCGCGAAGCUGUUUCAAACGAGGAAGUCCAAAAAUCAAGUGACGAAGUUCUGCAUGCACUCAAGGGACAACAUGCAGCGCUGGAAUUAGACAAGCUACGGAGAGAGGGAAAGGCUUUGGAUGGGUUGAGUAGGGAAGAGCUGUGUGCCCUAGAGAUAGAGCAACACCGGGCGUUAGAAUCUGUCUUGAAAAAGAAGGAGGAACUACUUGUGCGGUUGGUGCAUAAGUCUAAUAAGGAGCGUGAUCGACAUCAAGCAAUUCAGGAGAGGACGAGAGAAAUACCUUAUCUCCAACUGUUCCCGGAGAACAGUACGGGUUUCUCCACGAGCUCGAAAGCUGUUUCACUUUCAAAUUGUCCAACACAGGAUAUGGACAUUGAUCUUUUGCGCCUUAGGCUUUAG